AUGUCGCUCUACACCCCCUCCUCCAAGGCUGCCAAACGCAGGGCGGCCAACCUGGGCGCAUCCACCUCGGCUAACAACCACCUCGCCACUCCCACCUCCUCUUCUCGCAAUGCGCAGCACCACCACUUUGACGCCGCGCUCACCGACGAGCAGCGACAGGAGAUCAAGGAGGCCUUCGAACUCUUCGACACCGACAAGGACGGCGCCAUCGACUACCAUGAACUCAAGGUCGCCAUGCGCGCGCUCGGAUUCGACCUCAAGAAGGCAGAGGUGCUCAAGCUCCUCCGCGACCACGACAAGACCAAUUCCGGCCUGCUCGAAUGGGACGACUUUAAUAAGAUCAUGAGCGACAAGAUCGCAGCACGCGAUCCCAUGGACGAGAUCCGCAAGGCCUUUGCGCUCUUUGACGACGACGGCACCGGCAAGAUCUCGCUGCGCAACCUCAAACGCGUCGCAAAGGAACUCGGCGAAUCGCUCGACGACGACGAACUCCAGGCCAUGAUCGACGAAUUCGACCUCGACCAGGACGGCGAGAUCAGCCAGAACGAAUUCAUCCAGAUCAUGAUGGACGACUCCUAG